AUGGAUAGGGAACUCAUGGCCAUUCUAGGAACUGGGAAGGGCUUGUAUGAAGACCCAGAGGAAAGCAAUGACUUGUCAAGGCUUUCACCACGCUGGCCUCCAACAACCUGGAUGACACCUGAGCGGAAAGCAGAGCUGGGCCGGGCCACCAUGGUGCUCUCUGUGGCUAACAAGGCCCCCGGGAGUGAGGGGCAGCAUCAGACAAAUGGUGAGAAGAAGGAGGCUCCCGCAGUGCCAUCAGCGCCACCCUCCUAUGAGGAGGCCACCUCUGGAGAUGGGCUGAAGGCAGGGGUCUUCCCCCAGGCCCCCACAGCUGUACCUCUCCAUCCAAGCUGGGCCUAUGUGGACCCCAGCAGCAUCUCCAGCUUCGAAAGUGAUUUCCCCACAGGAAACCCUGAGCUCUUCACUGCCUUCAGCUGGGAUGACCAGAAAGUUUGCCGGCUCUUCAUCAGAAAGGUCUAUACCAUCCUGUUGGUCCAGCUGUUGGUGACCUUGACUGUUGUGGCUCUCUUUACCUUUUGUGAUGUUGUGAAGGACUACGUGCAGGCCAACCCAGGCUGGUACUGGGCAUCCUAUGCUGUGUUCUUCGUAACUUACCUGACUCUGGCUUGCUGCUCUGGACCCAGGAGACACUUCCCUUGGAACCUGAUUCUGCUGACCAUCUUUACCCUGUCCAUGGCCUAUCUCACUGGGAUGUUGUCCAGCUACUACAAUACCACAUCCGUACUGCUGUGCCUGGGCAUCACGGCCCUCGUCUGCCUCUCAGUCACCAUCUUCAGCUUCCAGACCAAGUUUGACUUCACCUCCUGCCAGGGUGUGCUGUUCGUGCUGCUCAUGACCCUUUUCUUCAGUGGAAUCCUUCUAGCCAUCCUCCUGCCCUUCCAAUACGUCCCCUGGCUCCACGCUGUCUAUGCCGUGCUAGGAGCGGGUGUGUUCACAUUGUUCCUGGCAUUUGAUACCCAGUUGCUAAUGGGCAACCGUCGCCACUCGCUGAGUCCCGAGGAGUAUAUUUUUGGAGCCCUCAACAUUUAUUUAGACAUUAUCUAUAUCUUCACCUUCUUCCUGCAGCUUUUUGGCACCAACCGAGAAUGAAGAGCCCUCCCCCCAUCCCUACCCCCCUCCAGAGAAUGUCCCUUCCCUGUCCUGUCACCCUUGGUGUGCUCCAGUAAGUCCAGACAUAAACUUGCUGCCACCAGCUUGUGAGCAGCCGCUCUCUCCUGCAGCCUUACCUUAUGCAGCUUGUACAAAUGCCAUCCUUGGAGCCCUAAAGAUCUGAGGCCACACCAUCCCCUGUGGUGCCCCUGGCACCCAAUUACAUCUUCCAAAUGGGACAGUCAAGGCUCAGGGCACCUCUAGACUUGCAGACCCAGGGAGUGAGUGGAGGAAGCCCCUCAGAGGUGGGAAGGAGACCCCAGAAAACCUGGCUGAGACGAUGACUCCACCGAGUCUCCUAGGGCUUCAUUUUCUCUUUCAGGUUGAACAACCACACUUUGUAAGGAAAAAGGCUGAGGGGACAUGGCUGGAAUAUAGGGACAGGACACUGUGGUGUGAGGGUGAAGCUGACCAGGCUGUCCUUCUCUCGGGGUUAGGGCUAGUAGCUUGUUAGGGACCUGGAUAAUAUAAAAAGAGUAGGAAUGCUUCCAUGACUUGCCUCAGUUUGCCCUCCUAGGUCAUAGGACAGGGGAAUGUGUCUAAGUGUGAGCCUGUCCUGAGCUCUUCCAGGCAGGGGAAGGCAAGUGAGGCCACUGGGAGGACUAAACAGGAGGCAAUGAUCUAUCAGACUGCAUGCACUGAGAAGGCAGGACUAACACCCGAUCUCUCUUUCCAGCCUGUGCUGUUCCCACAGGCCUGAGGGGGAAGUGAGGCCAGGAGGCCGGGUGGGAGCAGUUCUAGCUACUGGACCAGCCCUUACCAGUGGCUGCCUUUAGUAACCCUUCCACACUAUUUCCUAAGCCUUUCUCUAUCUUCUGCUACAUCCGGUCUUAUCUUCAGCAGGGCCUCCUGAGGCCCUAGGAAUUGAGGCACCCAUGUCCCUUCCCCAGCUUCCCUGGCCACUUAGCCCUGGGCCCUUGCCCCCUUCUCUCCUCCACAUCUCUGUAAUUUGGAAGCUGCCCAGCUCAUGGUCACAGCCAGGGCCAAUCCCUUGAGCCUGUCCCAUGUGAUGAGGCAAGGACUCCUUAUCGGCAUCCAGGCGGCUGGGAUCUCAGGCGGAGUGUGGAGUGUGCGUCAGCCACCCUGUCCUGGCUGAGUGCCUGCUGGAGAGGGGACCAGGGGGCCACACCUGGGGCAGCAUGCAGCCCACAUAUACACAUAGCCAGCUCUAGGCCAGUGGAAAGUUACUGGGUGGAGGCUAGGAGGCUCUGUUUGCCCCCAGGAAAAGGGGACUAGGUAGCCUAUUCAUCCCUGUCCCUCCCACCCUUUCUACUUCCAGCCUUCAAGGAAGAUUACAGAGGCAUUUGAGAUUUUUCUCUAUCUUGGAUAUUUGAGAAAGGAAGAAACUGAGAAUGGAGAGGGGGUGAGGGUGAUGUGAUGGGUAGUUGGGGUGAGUGCUGGUCUAAAUGACCCCACUGCUGCAAGCCAGAAAGGGGGGGGCUGCAAUGGUGAUCAUCACUUCCCCAUUGCAGAGGCAAAGCCAAAUGGCUCAGAAAGGCUUGUGGCAAGUCCAUUAUCUAGUAAACCUGGGGGUCUGCCCGCAGUUGCUUCUUUCAAGGGCCCCUCCAGUCUGAGUCUGGGCUGGAUUGAGGUUUGUGUACCCCAUAGAUGUUGGUGGUCAAGCCCUGGCAUCUCUGGGGGUUUGUUAUCCCCCACACCCCAUGUCACCCAGCCUGGCAUUCCAAGAUGCUGAACUGAGGUUUUCACUCCCUGGAAGUCAGCUGGGAGGCAGGGCUCCUGGCUUCUGAUCUGGCCUUGCUACCCACAGACCUGUGUUUUGUCUGUGACUCUGUUUCUGUAUCUACAAGAUGAGUGUCUCCAAUCAGUGACAGUGCAGGGCAGGGAGAGGCACCAAGACACUUCCACUUGAGUGCCUCUCCUAAUUCUCGGACUUCAGUUCUAGAAAAGUUUAAAGGCCCUUCCCCACUGACCUGCCACCCUCACACUGGCUGGUUUCCCAGAAUCCACUUGUCCAAGUCCUCCUCUUCUGGGAUAAUCUGUGCAGAGACUGAGGAUUGAGAAAUUUUUUCCAAGACUAAGUUACAAAAAUUGGGGGAAGGAGCAAGCCCUGGGCCAUAAAUAAUGUGACCAGGACACUAAUCACAGUGAUCUCAAAGAUGGCUCAGCUGUGGAAGUGGUGAUGCCUGCCAGCAGGGUUUGCUUCAGGCUGCUACCCAGCCUGCAGCUAAACUGGCAGUAGGACCAGAGAAAGCCUUGGUGUCGACCCCUGAUAGAGCAGUGAGGAGUCCCAGGGACACCUGGGUGGGUCUUGGCAGGAGGAAGGGCGGGAACAAGAAUGCAGGAUUAUGAGGAAUGCGGGAUUAUGAGAAACAGAAGCUGGCCAGGUGCAGCAAACUGUGGAGGAGGAAGGACUCCCGCUGGCCCCUCACAUUUUUAGCUCGGGUGGGGCCGGACCUACGACAGGGUAGGUUGGAUUUCAUAAGUCUUGAGAGAGCCAGGAAUCUGUCAAUGAGGAGAGCAGAAAGUCCUCUGGGGCAGUAUGGCAGAUAAGGAGGUCCCCGGAAGAAGUAGCCUCAUUAAAUCCCUCACUCCCCACACCAAUUCUUGGAUCCAUGUACAGAUCUUUCGGUGUAGCCCGAGGAAGACACAUGAUUAAGAAUCUUGGUUCUUCCAUUCCAUACCCGUCUCCUGUGGGAAUCAGGGUCCCUCAAGCACCCUUAUU